CGCGCAUGCGCAGGGUCUCCGGGCUAAAUGCUAAUGCUAGCUCACACUGGUUUGUAGCGGCCCUAGAUAGCAACAAAAUAAACUAACAAAUAACCUUAAUUCCGAAUUUACUCUUUAAUGCGAACUUUUACUUUACACCAUACUGGGCCACGGAGAAAGUUAUCAUAUAAACUGGGGAUAAUAUGUGGAAUAUUAAGCGUUGAAAAAAAACGAUCCUGACUGAUUAAAAACUUAACAAUUGCUUCAGACGCAGCUAUCACAUCUGUAAACCCUUUUACAUGUAGAGAAUGACUUGUUUGCUUUGGCUUGGGAAUGAACCAGGAACCCUGGUGGCUGGAUCUGGGUAUCAAAUGGUCUGAAGAAGCCAUGGGAAGCUGUUUUAGCUGUCCGGAUAAAGAAUCAAUCCCUGACAAUCAUCAGAGUAAAUUUAAGGUGGUGAAUGUGGAUGAUGACGGAAAUGAGCUGGGAGCAGGAAUCAUGGAGCUGACGGAGGACGAGCUGGUCCUGCGCACACGCAAAUGUGAUGCGGUCAAGUGGCCUUACCUGUGCUUGCGCCGUUAUGGCUAUGAUUCAAAUCUCUUCUCAUUUGAGAGUGGCCGUCGCUGCCAGACAGGUCAAGGGAUAUUUGCCUUCAAGUGUUCACGUGCUGAGGAGAUCUUCAACAUGCUGCAGGACAUCAUGCAUAAUAACAGCAUCAGCGUAGUAGAGGAGCCGGUGUUUGAGCCCACCCUCGCACAAACUGAACCAGAGCUUCCCCUCACACCUCACACACCAACCACUCCUGGAAACAUCCUCCCUACCUUACCAAAUGGCAGCUUAAGGUAUCCCUCAUUAGGGGAUGCGUCCUCUCACCCCUCUAGUCGGCAUCCGUCAGUCGGGAGCACGUGCCUCCCAUCACUGGGCGAGGAGUCCACGCACCCGCUCCUAGCUGCGGAAGAGGCUGUGAGGGGGCACACAUAUGUGAACACUACAGGUCUGCUGGAGCAGCACAGCCCAAGUCUUUUAGAAGUUCCUGCAGAAUUGAAUGUCUCUUUAUCUGAUGGAGAGGAAGCCGUUCCUCAAGAGGCCCCUGAUCCCGGCCCUCGAGUGCAGCUGGAGCCUGAAGGUGCUCGCUUUGUGUUGGACCCAACUCCAGUGCAGAGACAGAGGCAGAGAGAGGCCAGUGUGUCAGGAGAGCAGUGUAUCAGGAGCAGCUCGGCACAGAACUCAAAUGGGAGUGUGGUGUCCCAUACGAGCAGCGCAGAUGCGAGCGACAGCGUUAGAUCCGAGGAAACCUCUCCCGGCGCUCCGGAGAACUUCACUGUCUCUCGCCGACGCAGUCCUCUCAUUCCCGACACCAACGUCAACAACUCGGCCCAGCGGAGGACUGCUCUGCUGGACUACGAGAACCUCCCCGCCCUGCCGCCUCUGAGGGAGCACCCCAAGGGCAGCUCUGAAGAUGAGGACAGGGAAGAGGCUGUAAACGGUUUCCACUACCAUCGGCAGCACAGCCCCGACCCCACUCACUACUACAUCAACACGGAGAACGUGACCGCCCCCCUCAGCGCUAACAAGCUGGAGUCGGCCCGCUGGCGGGAUCGCUCCGCGCCAACCUUCUUCAACUUUGACUUCCGCCGCCCCUGUUUGGAGUCUCACAGAUUGAACUACAUCGAGGUGGAGACCGAGACAGAGAACUCCAGCAACCCUCAGACCCCAAAGACGCCCACUUCACCGCUUCCCCAGACGCCCACACGCAGGACAGAGCUGUACGCAGUCAUCGACGUGGAGCGCACAGCUGCCAUGUCCAGCCUACAGAAAGCACUGCCCCGUUACGACGGUACCUCCAGGAAAACCCGCCAUAACAGUGUUGAUCUGCCUAUGUGAACACUCCUCAAACUUCACCAGGUCAUUCCAAAGCAGGUGGACUUGGUAUUAGGGUUGCAAAGGGUGGUACAUUUCCAGAAACUUUCUAAAAAUCUAUGGAAGAUUCCAAAAAAAAAAUCCUUUAAAGUUUUUAGAAUUUCUGGAAUGUUUCCAAAGUGUGCUGGAAAAUGUCCACCUAUUUGCAACCCUACAUGAUAUUAGGGCUGGGAAAGUAAAUCGAUGUAUUGUGAAUCGAGAAAUCGAUUCUGCACCGAUUCUGAGAUUUUCCCAAUGCAUCGCGAUUCUUUCUUGAGUAAAUUCUGAGAUUGGCUUUGAACAGCAGAUGCUUUAGAAACAGCCCUACUCUGCUCUUUUCUAAAUUCAAACACCUGAAAUAACAAUUGAUAAAAUUUUAAAAGGUUUAAGCGAAUUACAAUGCUGUUCUCAGUGGUCUUUUUACAUGAAUCUCUCAUCAUAAAAGCAUUCUGAGCCAAGUGAAAUUGUAUGACUCAGCCGAACGCACAAUCGCUCUUCAGCACUCCUCUUGCUUCCACAUUUCCACAUUUGUGUGUGGAUAAAACCUAGAGCAGAGCACCAUCUACUGUUAAAAUUCCAGAGUGAAUCGUGAUGCAUUCGGCAGAUCUCAGAAUCGAUCAACGAAUCGAUUAUGCAUCGAUUUAUCAUCGCAGCCCUACUUGGUUUCACAGAAGUGGUUUUUGUUUGUAACACUCGUAGGGAUUUGAUGUAGUUAAAAGAGUGUCGCUCUGUCUCAUGUUGGCUUGAGAAAAUUAUCAGAGGAGCUUGCCAUAUACCUUCAUUUUAUUCCUAUGGUAAUAUACUACUACUUUUCUUACACUCAUUUUUCAGUGCCUGUUUAUUUUUGUUUUAUUAUGUUAAUAACAAGGUUGGACAACAUUCCACAGGUCCAUUCCGUACGGUACAAAUCAGUAUUACUGAUCAUGUUUUUUUUUUGUGGGGGUUUUUUGCCUUUAUUUACCCUUUAUCAAGUGACUAAGUUGUUUUAAAACCUGUAUCUAAAGAUAACUUCACAAAAUACAUUUCAAAUUUUUGGCUUUAUAUAGUAGAUUUCAAUACGUGGCACAAUAAAAGUCUAUUUUGUUUCA